AGUUUGUGUUGUUACCAGCGCAAUAAAGUAAAAAGUGUUGUAUUUUGCACAACUAUAGAGAGCAUAUUUUGUGUAUAGUUUUAACUUUCGGUCAACAUUUUGACUACUCCCAAACCAAGAACCAUGAGUUGUGGGCAAUGAAAUAUUAUAAGUAAUUUCAUGACAGAGAAAGUACAAGGUGUAGGCAUAGAAAUUAUUCCUCCCUACGAGCAACUGAAUCACUGAAUCAGUCUAGUGUGUUUUAGGUUUUCUCUAGAUAUGAUGAGUGUUAUUUUGAAAGUGGUUUUAUGUUUUGGUAUUUAACUUUCUACAUUCUACGGAACAUUUAUUCAGAUGGGAAUAUGGAACUGCAAGUGGGUGCUCAGAAGUUUUCGAAAAUAUCUGCCAUAAAGGAUACAAUUUGCAAAAUAUGGAAUGGGAUUUCUGUCGAACCGGUGUUAAUCUUGUUUGCGUUACCAUUUUGGAUGUCUUCACUUACAAUUCAAAAUUUAAGUUUGGAAAAAGCGUGCCGGGUCAAUCUCAAUAUGGAACUGUCUACGUGCGAUGCAAUUGAAAGACAUAAUACUACGGGUUAUAAUGACACGGACGAAAUCACCGUGCACAAAGUCGUUGCCUCGGCAUACGUUUGGAAAAACAUUAUUCAGAGCGUAUUUCCCGCAAUUUUACUACCACUAUUUGGAUCUUGGAGUGACCGACAGAAAACUAUGAAAGUGCUGAUGAUACUACCUAUUAUUGGGGAAAUUGUGAUGAACAUUGGACUAAUACUAUGUACAUUCUUUUUCUACGAAUUGCCCAUGGAAGUCAAUGUGUUGGUUGAGGUUCUUCCGACUGCUAUUACGGGAGGCUCAAACAUGAUACUGCUCGGUGUAUUUACAUACGUCACGUCGGUUUGUGACACCAAAAACCGAACACUAAGAAUUGGAAUUAUUCAUACCACAUGGUUUGUAUGUAUAACAAUAGGAAAUUCAUUAAGUGGAGUGAUGUACAAAUUAAUUGGAUUUUAUGGAAUCUUCGCAUUAUCUCUGGUUGGUUACGCGUUGGCAGGACUUUAUGCGCACUUUUUGGUCAGUGAAAUCUCGUCCGGUGACGAAAAGCAAUUGACGACGGUUCAACAUAUAAAAGAUAUUUUAAAUGUUAAGCAAACCAUGUACAGUUUCAAGUUCUUAGUAACAGCAAAACAGAGUGGUCGACUAAAACAGAUUUUGACGAUAAUGAUUUUAGCUGUGCUGGUGCUAGGACCCUUUGCGGGAGAAUCGGCUGUGAGGUAUUUAUAUGUACGAUUUAAGUUUGGUUGGGGAGAAAUCGACUUUAGUAUCUUCACUACUUAUUGCUGCAUUGUUGCGUUUGUUGGAAAUAUAAUCGCUAUAGCAACAUUUAAAUUGCUGAAUUAUGACGACGGUCUACUAGGAGCUCUUUCCAGCAUAAGCAAAAUUUGUGGGGGAAUUAUUUACGUACUCUCCACAACGCCAUUGAUGUUUUAUUUGGCUGCAAUAGCAGAGAUAUUUAAUGGUACGGCAUUCGUAGCUUCCCGAUCAAUAAUUACGAAACUAGUUGACCAACAGGAUUUGUGUAAAGUUAAUUCACUGUUUGGUUUCGCCGAAUCUCUGACCGGUUUGAUAUGUGGACCGAUGUAUAGCGCCCUGUAUAAAGGAACAAUUAGCUAUUUUCCUCAGGCUUUCUUUCUGGCAAGCAUUUGUAUUACUGUUCCGGCUGUUUUGUUGUACAUGUGGCUAUAUUCAAAAAGAAAUGUACGUUUCCAAGAAUGAAGCAAUCAUAGCCGCCAAUUAUGGAUAUCGUUGUUUUAUAUUUUAACUCCUAGAUAUUUGUGUGAUAUUUUAUAUGUAUAUAAUACAAAAUCUGAUAUUUUA